UUGUUAACAGCAGGAAUGUUUCUUUGUUGCCAGAGAGUGCUGGAAGCUUGUUUGUUACAAUUUACUGAAUGGUAUUCAGAGAAUUUACGAGAAUGGUAUUCCUUUGCAAACCAAAUGGGGAUUAAUGUUCAUUCCUCUGAGUCUGUAAGCUUUGGUUGACGGGCUUUGGGGCAGAUCGGCGCGAGGGGGUCGAGAGAGAGGUCGCAAUGCUGUCCCUCGCAGUCUCUGUCUUGGUGAUGACAGUCGGAUCUGUUCUUGGUCAGCAGGGCACCUGCGAUCUCAUUCCCAACACCAGUUCCUUCAGCUGCCCCUGUUUACCCUCUGGAUCACAGAGCCUGCACCUUCACAACCUUGCAGGAGUCUUUCGAGACAAUUGCUCGAGAGGGGAUGGGAACGGACUCUGCUGUCAAAACGCCACCCAGGCCAGAGUGGAUGCUGACCGCAUUGUCGUGAACUAUAACUGGGCAGUCCCCCGCACCAUCUACUGCGAGAUCGGCACGUCAGGCAUGGAGUGUCCCAGGCAGAGGACACCAGUAGACCAGUUGUCUACGCCACCAAAGGUGACAUCUCGGAAGCCAGUGACCACCAGGACAGACAGAAGAGAGGUGGAGGACACCACUACGAGGGUGCGUGUGUCGAUAGUAAUUCCAGUGGUGGUGCUGGUGCUCGUGCUGGUAGUCUUAAUUGGUGUCCUGGGUACUCAAUCUGUGGAGACAACGCCAGAAAAGAUGUCGGAGAAGGUUGGUCGAGAUGGAGAUGCUCAGUGAGAUGACUAAACCCCCACCACCCGAUCUCACCAAGGGUUUGAGACCCGUCGGAUACCCUCACCUGGUUUAGCUGGCUUGUCGAAGCCAUUGCCCGGGGUGUGGCUGCUGUCUCAUGCAAACAGCUAUGGGGAGCCACAGGUGAGAGCUGAAUGCCAGGUGGGGACCAAAGGUGGACUUUCAUGACUUUCUGGGCUAAAAGUCAGUCGGGAUCCACGGAUGUUUUUCUCUCAGGACGUGCCACGUAUAAGAGAAUCUCCAGACCCCUGGGCGGGCAUGAUCCCUCGCUGUGCAAUCUGGGAUCUCCUGGAAGUAAUUCCUGCCCCUUUCCCACAUAUGCGGGAAUGACGAACAUAGUUCUCCGGUCUGUGACCCCUGGUGUGAGAGGGAUCAGUGUUAAGUAUGAAUUUUAGUAUUUGUUGUUAUUAAUUAUUCUAUGACUAUACAUUGUUAAAUUAAAGUGUUCAGCCUGGAGUCAGGGACUGUGAAAAGAGAUUGGGAAUAAAAUCAGGUAAUGGUGGAAACGUGGGGUGAUGAACCCUUUUGAUCACGUGUGUCAAAAAUGGGCAAUAAUCUCCUGAAGAGUGUGCCAUUGUAAUUUUGAGAAGAGAUUAUCUUUGAUUAAUUAAUUUGAAAAAUAAUUAUGCACUUUUAAAGGAAGAAUGGCCCAUCUAUUAUUGACAUGUGUUUAUUGUUUUCCCAUGAAUAAAAGUAUAAAAGACAGA